UCCUGACACCACCGAGGAAGAAGCAGGAGGACCGAUCAUUAGCCGAGGUUAGCAGUUAAGCUAGCUGGCGCCAUGGCGGCAGUGCGCAGUUUAAUGGCGGCGAAACCAGACAGCGGCACCGACUCCGAGUCUGACUCCGACCGGGACGCCCGCGAGGCCGAACCGAUGGAGGUGGAGGAGGGAGAGCUGGAGGCGGAGGACAUCUCCGUUAACCGGUCCUUGAAAGAGCUGCUGCCUGAUACGAGCCGGCGGUACGAGAACAAGGCCGGAGCCUUCAUCACCGGGAUCGACGUCAACUCAAAGGAGGCCUUUGAGAGGAAGGAGAAGCGUGCGAGACGAUUCCACCUCCCCCCUGAGGAGAAGGAGGAGCAGAGGAACGUGCUGAUGGACAAAGACACCAUGAAGAAAGCUAUCCCCAACCUGCGGAUGGAGGCCAUCUACGUGACUGGUGUGGACGACAUGAGCACUCAGGACAUCUUUGGAUACUUCAAAGAGUAUCCUCCUGCUCACAUCGAGUGGAUCGACGACGCCUCCUGUAACGUGGUCUGGCUCGAUGACGACACCUCCAUCCGGGCCCUCGUCAACAGCAGCCGGAUGACUAGCCCAGAGACGGUUGCCACGGAGACGCAGGGCACCAACGAGCCGCCGGCCGACGCGCCCAACGAUCUCAGCGAAAGUGCCAAAGGUCAAAGGUCAGAGGAGGACCAACCGGAAGCCGUGAAGGAGAGCUGCGAGGAGGUCGAGGUGAAAGACAGAGACGAGCAAAAACCCAAGAAGGAGGCCGUGCAGGUGGCGGACCUGUCGCUGGUGGAGAGAGAGUCUCUGCUGAGGAACGAGCUGCGAGCAGCCAUCAAACCCUUCAAAGGAAACAAGCUCCUGCUGCGCUUCGCCACGCAUGACGAUAAGAAGGAGCUCGGCGCCGCUCGGCGAAGCCGAUACUACAUGAAGUACGGAAACCCGAACUACGGAGGCAUGAAGGGAAUCCUCAGCAACUCGUGGAAGAGGAGGUUCCACAACCGGAGGAUCCAGAGGGACGUCAUCAAGACAAAGAAGCCUCUGAUUGGAGACAACAUGGGACACACGCCGCCGUACACGCACCGGCACUCCGCCGACCUGGUCAACCUGCCGGAGGAGCCUAUCAAGGAGGAGGAGGAGGAAGAUGAGGAGGACGAGGACAUGGAGGAUGACCGGGUGGUGGAGUACAAGGAGAGAGGCGACAGGGCUGCUGUGGCGGGGUCAGCCCGGCCGGUGGCGGGGGGGGCGGCGCCGCGCAGUAACCGGGCAGAGCGCUCUCUGUCUCCGUGGUCGGAGUCAGACGAGAUGGACUACGACCUGGAGCUGAAGAUGAUCUCCACGCCGUCGCCCAAGAAGAGCAAGAAGAUGACGAUGUACGCCGACGAGCUGGACGGCCACUUGAAGAGCAUCCGGAACCGGGUCGGAGAGUCUCAGACCAGAACCAAGUCGCCCCCCCCCCCGAAGAUGACCGACGUCCGGCAGCUUCUGGAAGAGAAGAGGAAAGGAAGUCAGCACCGACCGCCGCCCCCAGGAGCCCCCGGCGGGAAGACAGACGUACGGCAGCGGUUGGGGAAACGACGGUACUCCCCCGACAGACAACGCUCCCCCUCCCCCUUCUCCCCCAGAGACACGCCCCCCGCCAGAGAGCCAAUCAGAGACGUGCACGGCCGACUGGGCACGGCCAUCCAGGAGAAGAAAGGGGUCUUCUCCAAGUCGUCCAAUGACAAAAAGACAAGCGCCCUGUGGAGCAGACUCGGUUCCGGUGAAGACGACACCAAUGGUGCCGCUGGGCGUCCCGAGCGGGGAUCGAGCAGCCGGCCCUCGGGUCUGUUCUCUUCUUCGGGGAAAGGCGACGUUGGCAGCAGCAAAAUGGGAGGAGUCACGGAGGAGGAGGAUGACUCCACCCUGCAGGAGAUGUGGGGCGCCAUGAUCAAACGGAAGCAGCAGGUGAGCCCCCAGCUGAAGAAGAGCCGGCUGGACCAACUGCCGUCUCUGCAGAUCGAGAUCAGCCGGGACAGCAGCGAGGAGUCCGACGCCUGAGGGGGGGGGGCUCCUCGUCCUACAGAGACUCGCUCACUGUUCACUGGAGAUCUCCUCUUCAUCUUGUUAAAGUUGGAAACACGGCUGCAUUUAGUGGAGUGGAACAAAUAGUUACUGAAGAUUAGCAGCAACACCUGAGAGCAGCGCUGCACCUGAAGGACUUGACGGGAAGAGACCGGACCCCCCCCCCCCCCCCUCCAUCUGCUAUAUGAAACAACUGUGUUCAUUCUUAACACUCUAAUAAAAAUGUGUUGGGAUGAAGCAGGGCAUCAUGGGAAAUCCAAUCCAGCUCCUCCAGUGAAUCAUUCCUUCGUUGCCGCGGCCACAGCGGACCGUGAAGUUUGUGGGGUCCUGUGGGAGUUGACCCCUGACCUUGUGACUCUGUUUUAGAACCGGAAACCAACUCUUAAGAGGAAAUCGACGUUGUUUAUCCUCUGGUGGGGAAUUAAUUUCUGCCGUUUUUUUAAUGACUAAUUCGUGCUCUUAUUGUUGAAGCCACAGUGUGACAUCAGUGACGUCACAGCUGGUCCUGAGUUCACAUAAUCAAGGUGUUGAAUAAUGUUUCAUUUUACAUUACAGGGAAUAUAAACUGGUAUCUAUUAGUUAAUCAGUUCAGAUGAUAGAUAUCUUUAUUGUUGUUCGUCUCUGUGGUUAAAAUAAAUCAUUAAAAACAACUAUUAAAGAGAAAUAAUGGCACAGCAAUUUAAA